UGGCUCUGUUUGGCGCCAUUUUGAUUCAAAGCCGUACGUUUGAUGUGUUUUUGUUGGCGUAACGAGCUGAUAUUCCUAGACGCUGCUUAGCUCGAAGCCAUCUCGUCGGUGCUUCGCCCUGCCACCGAACUCGAGCAGCCCUCGGCGAAGAGGCACCAAGUCCCGUUGGAGGCGACUGUGAUGCGGAGCCCCUGGUGAGCAGCCAUGCCGAAGGCGGCGGGGCCCCAGAACCCCCCCAAGGUGCUCUACCCGCCUGGGGUCAAGGAGAUCUCGGACGACCUGAGCACGGACGACCUCGUCCGACGCCUCAAGGAGUGUGCCCAGACGUUCCAGAACCUGAGCCAGGACGACGACAACAGCGCCUACGUGCACCUGGCCCUGCACCUGGCCGGGGACGGCUUCCUGGAGCACAGCAGCAAGGACGUCCGCCUGCUGGUGGCCUGCUGCAUCGCCGACGUCUUCCGGGUCUUCGCCCCCGAGGCCCCCUACAAGGACCCCGACCAGCUCAAGACAAUCUUCCUGUUCUUCAUUGAGCAGCUGCGGGGUUUGGAAGACCCCAAGGACCCCACAUUCAAGCGGUACUUUUAUCUGCUCGAGAACCUGGCAUGGGUGAAGUCGUUCAACAUCUGCAUCGAGCUGGAGGAGAACCAGACCAUCUUCUGCCACCUCUUCUCGCUCAUCUUCACCAUCGUCAACGACAACCACUCGAGCAAGGUGAAGAACUUCAUGCUGGACAUGAUGUGCCCGCUGAUCACGGAGGCCGACACGGUCUCCCAGGGACUACUGGACAUCAUCCUCAAGCAGAUCAUCGAACCCCGCAAGACGCAGAACAAGAACGCCUACAACCUGGCUAAGGACGUCCUCAAGCGGACCCUGACCACCAUCGAGCCUUACAUCCAGUCGUUCUUCAACAACGCCCUGGUGCUGGGCCGGACGUCCAACAGCAGCGUGGCCCACGUGCUCUAUGAGCUGAUCUACGAGCUGAACAUCCUCUGCCCCAGCAUGCUGACCGCCGUGCUGCCACAGCUCGAGUUCAAGCUCAAGUGCAGUGACGAGAAGGAGCGGCUGAGCGUGACGAAGCUCCUGGCGCGUAUGUUCUCCGACAAGAACUCCGAUUUGGCUGCCCAGAACCCCCUGCUCUGGAACUGCUUCCUGGGACGGUUCAACGACAUCAGCGUGCAGGUGCGCAUGCGCUGCGUGCAGUACUCGAUGCACUUCUUGCUGAACCACCCCAAGUUGCGGGACGACAUCACGGAGUCUCUGCGGCAGCGGCAGCACGACCCGGAGGAGACGGUGAGGUACGAGGUGGUGAUGGCCAUCAUCAGCGCUGCCAAGAAGGACUUCACCGCCAUCACGGAGGAGCUGCUCAACUUCGUCAAGGAGAGGACCCUCGACAAGAAGUUCAAGAUCCGCAAGGAGGCUCUGCUGGGGCUGGCCCUGCUGUACAAGCAGCACAUGAGCAGCGUGGAGCUGCCCCAGUCCACCCUGGAGUGCAUCGCCUGGAUCAAGAACAAGGUGCUCCACGUCUACUACCAGACCGCCCUGGACGACAGGCUCCUGGUGGAACGUAUCUUGCACACCUGCCUGGUGCCCUACCAGCUGCCCAUCGAGGAGCGCAUGCACAAGCUGUACCAGCUGUUUGCUACCGUGGACGACCAUGCCGUCAAGGCGUUCAACGAGCUCCUCAAGUGCCAGUGCUCGGUGCGCAACCAGAUGAAGAGCGUGGUGGAGGCGCUCCUGCUGCCGGCCGGGGAGGAAAAGGAACGCCAGCUGCUCACCAGGGUGGCCAUACUCUCCCGUAACCUGCCGGACUCCGUGAAGGCCCAGGAGUACCUCAUGAAGCUCUGCAGCAUCUUGGAGGGCAACCAGCGACUGCGCAUCCACAUGAACAACAUACUGCAGGGAGGGGCCUCAUGCGUGGAAGCGGAGCGCAGCGUGAAGGAGGUGCUGAAGAGCCUGGGCUACCCCGUGCAGACCAACAGCUUCUACGUGAUCAUCAAGCAGAUGCUGGAGCGGGUGGCGCCCGUGAUGGUGGACCACGCGGGGGUCAAGCAGAUCCUCUCCUACGUGCGGGACUCCCUGCUGGGUCAGGGGGACAUUGACGUCCAGAUCGGGGUCACCAGCUCGGCGGUCAGGGGCCUCCAGCUGCUGCACGUGCUGUCGUCUGCGUUCCCGGCGGCCUUUGUCGGGGAGGAUGUGUACAACCAGCUGCUGUCCUUCCUGGGCUCGGACGACCCCGUGGCGGCGGAGCUCACCCUGCAGAUCUUCAGCUUCGUCGGGGCGGAGAUCGACCAGCGCUGCCCCAACGUCGCCCAGCGGCUUCUUCCCGUGGUGCAGAACUUCGUGGAGAACGGGUCGGUCAAGCAGGCCAAGUUCGCCGUGGCCUGCCUAAACGUCAUCGUGAGCAACAAGGAGCGCGUCUUCGGACAAGUCAUAGACCACCUGAAGCAGCACUUCACCCUGGAGAGCCAGUACUUCCGCACGGCCCUGGUGUCCAUGGGCCACAUCUCGCUGCUCUGCCCGGACCUGUUUGGGGGCCAGAUCAAGAGCAUCGUGUCCAAGGUGGUCGUCAAGGACCUGCUCAUGAUGGACCGGGAGGAGCCUCGGCUCUCGGACACGCCCUGGUGCGAGUUUGAGGCUCUGCCCGAGGAGACGAAGGUGAAGGUGGAGGGCAUGAAGCUGAUGGUGCGCUGGCUGGUGGGGCUCAAGACGGCCUCCUCCUCGGCCAGCUCCACCCUGCGCCUGCUGGUCACCGUCAUCACCCACAGGGGCGACCUGAUGGAGAAGGAACAUGUUUCGUCCAUGGAAAAGGCGUGGCUGCGUUAUGCGGCGGCGGCUUGCAUGCUCAAAAUAUGCUGCUGUCCAACAUACGCCGACGUGCUCUCUCACGAGCAGUUCCAGAAGCUGGCCCUGGUCAUGCAGGACGAGUGUGCGGAGGUGCGGGAGAAGUUUGGCUGCAAGCUGCACAAGCACCUGCUGGCCAUGCGGCUGCCCCUGCAGUUCAUGGCCAUGUUUGCCCUGGCCGGGGUGGAGAAGAAGCGGCCCCUGCGGGCACAGCUCAAGCAGUGGCUCCAGUCCUGCAUCAACAAGCGACGGGACUUCCUCAAGCAGCACACCAUCAGCAACCGGAAGCUGUUCACGGUCCAUCCGGACUUUGUGCUCCCCUACACGAUCCACCUACUGGCGCACGACCCCUGCCUGACCAAGUAUGACGACGUGCCGGCACUCGUCCAAGUCAAGGAGUGCCUGUGGUUCCUGAUGGAGCCGCUCAUCACCAAGAACGAGGGCUACAGCUUCAGCUUCUUCAAGCGACUCAUCGAGAACAUCAAGCAGACGAGGGACAACCAGUGUCCCGAAGACAAGGCGGCGCAGCUGAAACUGUAUGCGGUGUGCGACCUGGCCCUGGGGCUGGUCAUGACCAAGACGACGAGCUUCCUGCUCAAGGACUUUCCCCAGGAGCCCGUGCUGCCUUCCAAGUGGUACACCCUGCAGGACAAGGUGCAGCUGCCCAACCUGAAGACCUACCUUCCCCCCGAGCUGGCCUUCACGGCGCCAAAGAACACGGGAGCAGACGCUGGUGCGCCCGGGUCGGCUCGCCGCGGCGCCAAGGGCGGCCCCGCCGCGCGUCGGGGACUCCUCCAGCGUGGCGGCAGGGCCAGGCACGAGGGGGUGGUGCUGGUGGACACCUCCCUGGAGCCCUCCCCCGAGGUGGGCCUGCAGGAGGAGACGGUCGAGGGCGAGGAAGAGGACGAGGAGGAGGUGGUGGACGACGUGGUGACCCUCUCCCCGCACGACUCCCUGCAGAGCCCGGAGUCCGAGCCGGCCAAGGAGUCGACGACCCCGACCCCGACGGUGGUGAGCCUGCGUGCCCUGCGCCCCACCAGGAGGGACCGGGCGGCGGCGGAGGCCACCACCCAGGAGGCGGCCACUGCCCAAUCCCAGGGAGGCCUGGAGCCCCCGGACAAGCGGCCCAGGUUGGAGGAGGUCGCAGGGGUUCCCCAAGGUCCAGGAGCACAACUGGUUUGCCUCGACAGCGGGGGUGCGGAGGUGGACCAGGAGGGCGCAUCCACGGCGAUGGUUGUCGAGGGCUCAACGUCCGCCGAGGCGUCACAGGCAGCACAGCCCCGGAGACCCCUCCGGUCGGCUAAGCUCUCCAACGGCACGGAGAACACGAGCCCCAACGGCAACCCGGACCCGGUGCAGGGCGCCGCCGCCACCCGCCGGACGGCGGCCGCCGCUACCCCGGAGCCCGGCCAGGACACUGCCCCGACCAAGAAGACGCGGCGGAAACAGUGACGCUGCCAGCGGAGGGUGCAGCCCCGUGUACAGUAUUCAUGGCGCCACAAACGCCGCCCACCGGGAGAGCCUUAGCCAGACAGCAGACGCAACCAGAAACACAGUCUCACGUGUACUUACACAUUGCGUGCUUGCCCUCCUCCAUGCUUUCUUUUACCUAUUUAACUUUUUCCUUCGUCCCCACCGCGCCGCCAGCACCUUCUUCCGCCGGUCGUUCGAUCGGAAUCCCACGUUCGACGCGUUCGGCCUAGCUAGGCCUAUACGUUUGGGGGGGGGGGGGGUUGCGCAUGUUAGAGCGAAUUGUUGCCAAGCGUCUCGGAGGUUGUGCAAGUUAGAAUGAAUCGUCGAAAGGGAGCCGCAGUGAGACGUGCUCGAUGAUAAAGCAUGGAGAAAGCAGCUUGCCGAGUUCUAGAUUCAGUCUAAAGAUUACUAAAUCUGCAUGCCAGGCUGGAUGCCUAUUAGGCUUAACGGCGACGAAUUGGGCACGACCGUGCUGGGUCGUUUGACUUAAAAUGGUGGCCCACGACCAUGCGAGGUCGUCCUUAAAGCUUGGGCCGUAGAUAACGACGCAUUCCCCGUUGAAUGUAAAUUUUGCGGUAGAGUGAAACGGCGUUGCAGUUUGUUUACGCAGAGAAAUAUCGUGUAACUUGCUCGACCGAGUGUCGCAGGUUGUGCUUAGGUAAACGCUACGCGAGCGUAAAUUGCGCGUCGAAGCGACCCGUCGGAAAGGUACGUCUGCACAGGGGGGAUGCGUUGCCGAGCGUUAGGCCUAGCAAAUCGUGCGGGGUAAAGCGAUAUCCUUAGAUCAAUUGGUCGACGAGUUUUUGGAAGAACGUCGUUCGGCCCUUCUCCGUUGCCCGCCCUUCGCAACCAGGUGCAAUCGAAUGGCAGUCCUAGUGGCACCGCUCCCACGGGCAACGAAGGAGGGCCAUUCUCGAGCUACGCUCUCGUUGCAAACUUUACGUUUACCGCGUAGGGUGGGCCGAUGACGCGCCACGAAAAGGUGCCUCGUCUUCUGGGAAGCUCGUUAACCGACCUUGAUCUAGUGACGUCGGGGAGGGGAGGAUCAGCCGAGUCAAACGAAGAAGCGGGGAACGUGCCGACGCGGUGCUCUUUUUAUCUUUUUACCGAGUUUUCCGCCGGAAAGAUGGCGUCCAAGAGGAGUUUUGAUUUGAGCGGGCCUUUCCAGCCGCGGAGGGACGCUACGAUUUCGUUGUAUGUUUUAUCGCCUCGUUUUUUCGGAAGCGAGCCAGGGGGCCACCGACGUCCGAGGGAGACGUUUUGCCAGGGGUUCUGGGAAGUGCACCCACCGCCCGUUCCGGAGGUUUUUUUCCUCAGUUUGGUGUAAAUAAACUCUCUUUCUCAGC